AUGGACUCAUCCUCCGAAGAAGUUCCCAGCCACAUGGCUGCCGUCCAGUCUCGCAGCCUGGCAGUCAACUUCAUGUGGUCCAAGAUGCAUUUCUAUGUCACAGACUUCGACCCCGAAAACUCCAACCCAAAUCUUGUCUACGAUGUCAACUGCGACUUUCUAGCCCCGAAUCUGAAGUUCAAAUCUAUUGAACAAGACCGACAAGUCGGCACCGGCACCAUCCACGCCAUAUCUAUCAGUCCUGACUUCGAACUUCAUGGUUCCAAGGGCACUCUCCGCGCCAAGAGCCGUCUGCGCACUAUGUACACCCACUAUUCCCACGUAUUCUCCGAGACAGGGAGUCCAGCCAAGAUGUCCUGGACAAGCAACAGUGGCUUCAAGACCUGGGACUUUAUUUGCUGCGACGAGAACCAGAACCCUGUCGCAAAAUUCUCCGCCAACGUGUGGGCUGUCAAGCGAUUUGCCAAAAUUGAGCUCCUUGGACCAAAGGCCCAUGAUACUGCGGCCAUGGACGAGAUCGUCGUUGUCGGCUUGACUUUGUGUCAUUGCAUGUAUAUGCGCGUCAAUAACCCGCUCAACUUGGUUGGCUCGGCCUUUAUGCGGUCGGGGAGAGAUGCCCACAUCGAGCCACCCAAAGAACAACCCGCGCAGCCUGCACAGGGAAAGGUUAUCGAUUGA